AUGCAGUUCUCGCCUCCCCCCGACAUCGACUCCCUUCCUACCCGCCUGCCUCCCCUGACGAGCCAUGAUCGCGACAAGAUGCUCCCCUCCCUCAGCAGCGUGACCGGCGACGUGAUGCUCGACCAGCACCUCCCGCCUCCGCCGCCGCCGGCUUCGGGCCCGCCGUCGCACUGGCCCUCGCUCAACGGCCCCAUGGCCUACCGCCAGCCGCCGCCGCCGCCGCACCAGCCCGAUAGCCCGGCCACCAUGGACGUCGACGGCAGCAGCGUCGCCAGCACCGCGACGCCCCCAGCCGGCAGCGAGGGCACCAACGGGCUCAGCAUCGACGACCCGGACGUGCGCCUCGCCGCCGAGGCUCUGGGCGACCUGCGAGCCGACUUUGUCUCCUCCCCUCCGGACAGCGGCUCGCUGCCGCCCAUGAGCCCUCAGAUGGUCGCCGCGCAGACCCCAGCGCCGCGAAAGUCCCGAUCGCCGCAUCAGUCGGAGCCGCUCCUCUCGCUGCUCACCACCUCUCACCCGCUCAUCAGCAGCACCAUUGGCGGCGCCAGCUCCGCCUACGGAGGGGCCAAGAACUUUUCGCCCCGCUUCAAGUCGGGCGCCGAGUACGUCGAGGGCUACCUGACGCCCAUUGCCAACACGGUCAACUCGGUCGGCCGCGUCACGGGCGUCGAGGGCGGCGUCAGGUGGUUCCUGGGGUCGCGCCGACACGCCCCUCCGGCCGACGAAGACGACGGCGGCUCCAAGAAGAGGCGCAAGAUGGGCGGCUCCAACGAGACGAGCCAGAGCGUCAUGGACCAGGCGAGGGAUCUCAAGAAGCUGUCCGAACUGGGCGAUUCCCCCUCUUCAGAAUUGAGGAGCCCGCGGCGGCUCUCGUCGGCCAGCACGGUUGACACGCUCCCGGCGUACGACGACAUGCGCUCGCCCGCCUAUACGGAGACGGCCGGGCCGCAGAACCCGCCACGGUCCAACCCGGCCAAUGCGCCGUGGCAGUCUCGCCUCAUCAUGUCCACGUCGGGUCUCAGCGUCGCCAUGAGCGCAGAGAGCCUCCGCAGCCUCAAGUACUGCCUGAAGUGGCUGCGCUGGAGCAACGACCACAUGAGCCGUGUGAUUGGGAACCUCAAAUCGGCCCUUGAGGAGUAUGAAAAGGUCGACGAUGAGGUGGCAGAGGGCCAGGGCCAAGACGGCAACGACGAGCCCCUCGCCGCGGGCCAGAAGACGCCGCAGGAGUCGCGCAUGGAACUGGCCGACAAGAUCAACACCCUCAAGCGCGACGUCCUCACGACGCUGCAGGACUCCAUCAACACCGUGUCCAAGUACACGGGUGGCGCCCUCCCCGAGAACGCGCGGACGCUCGUGCGCCGACACCUCACCAGCCUGCCGCAGCGGUUCCGCGUCGCCACCAUGCCCAGCAGCGCCGAGGGCGGCGCCAAGGACAGCGACUCGGCGAUCCGCGAAGGCGCGCAAAAGGUGCUCGUCCUGGCCAAGGAGGGCCUCGACAUGGUGACGCAGAUCACGGGCGUCGUCGACGGGACGAUUGUGAGUGCCGAGGAGUGGUGCGAGCGCAUGGGCAAGAAGCGGCGCCCGUCGACCGACGAGGACCGGCCGCUGCCGCCGACGCCAGAGACGAACGGCGACGUCAAGAUGGGGUGA